CUUUUCUCCCCUUUUCUCCUCACAUUUUCUUCUCUUUUAUGUCAUCCCCUCCUCAUCAUUUCUGAAUUUCUCCCCUUCCCUCCUCAUCACUGCCCAAUAACCCAGUUCUCUUGUUUCUCAGACUCAAUACUCUCACCUCUCUUUGCACAUCAGUGUCAGUCUUUCACCUCUCUCUACCAAGUCACUCUCUCCUCUUCUCAGCAAUCUGCUCUCAUUCUCUCAACUUUAUUGAGAUUAAAAAUGGCAAGCAGCGGUAGAGGUGGAAAUGAUCCAACAUGGAAGUACGCAACUCCCGUCGAAGAAAAUCGAAAUGGUACAACAUGUAUAUUUUGUUUUGCCACUUUUAAAAGUGGAGGAAUUACAGGAUUGAAGAGUCAUUUAUCGGGUUAUGAUCCUCACAAGAGUGUAAAGAAAUGUGAUAAGGUGCCACCGGAGAUCAAAACAGAGGAGAUAGCAUGGAUAAAGAGAAAAUAUUUUAUUAAGCAAGAAAAGGCAGCUGUUCAAGAUAAUAUUAGAGAAGAACUCUGCAAUGAUUAUCUUGGCAAUCAAACAAGUCUGUACAAUGACGAUGACGACAAUGAUGAUGAUGAUGAUGGAUUUCAGUAUCCACCAGACAUGCACCCUGCAGAACGACAAGAUUAUCGUGCUGCAGUAAGACGAUCAACCGUAGAUCGUGAUAAGAACUCUCAGUUUAGUAGAAGUGCAAGAUUUCAAUUUCCAAAACAAUCCAGAGGCGGUAGUAGCAGUCAACAACCGCAACAAGUUGAUCAAUCAAAAACCUAUCAGUACUCAUUUCCUGAGCCUCCAGUAGUAAUGCCAUCAAAAGAUAGUCGAUCAAAACAAAGCACAAUUAAAUCAUUACUAAAAGGUGAUAGAGAACUAUUGGCAACAAUGGUGUCCAAAUACAACAUAUAUGAUGCUGUCCCUUUUAACAAAGCUGAUUCUCCACAUUUCCAAAACAUGUUGACUACAACUGGAAAUCUAGGUCCUGGUGUAAAGCUUCCUACCUCCUAUGAAAUUCAGACUCGUUACUUAGAGAAUGAGUACACAGAAAUGAAAAGGUAUGUGGAUACUCACAGAGAAACCUGGAAAAUAUAUGGAUGCACUAUCAUGUGUGAUGGAUGGACUGGCCCAACCAAAAUGUCUAUUCUAAAUUUCAUGGUGUAUUCAAAAGGUUCAACUGUGUUUUUGAAGUCUAUAGAUGCUUCACAUAUGAAAAAAAAUGCUCAGUACAUAGAACUAUUGUUAGAUGAGAUUAUCCAAGAUGUUGGACCAGAAAAUGUUGUCCGGAUUGUCACUGACAAUGCAUAAGCAUUUAAAAAGGCCGGAAGGGAACUA